AUGGCGAGGAAAGCAGCCACCACCAUGACUGCCGCCAGCAAGAAAGCAGCGACCGCCACCGGCAAGAAAGCAGCGACAGCCGCCAGCAAGAAGGCAGGUCCCACCGUCACCGCCGCCGGCAAGAAAGCGGCGGCGUCCGCCAGCAAGAAGGCAUCACCCACCGUGACCGCCGCCAGCAGGUACUGGCUCCUGAAGACGGAGCCGGGGGAGUGGUCGUGGUCCGACCAGGCCAGAGCCCCCGGGGGCGUUGGGCCGUGGGACGGCGUCCGCAACCACCAGGCCAUGAACAACCUCCGCGCGAUGCGAUGCGGCGACCGCUGCCUCUUCUACCACUCGGGCGCCGGCGCGAUGUCGCGCCGCGUCGUGGGCGUCGUGGAGGUCGCCAGGGAGUGGUACGAGGGCGAGGAGGGGGAGGCGACGGCCGGCGGCGCCGUGGACGUGCGGGCCGUCGGGGAGUUCCAGAAACCUGUGGGGCUGGCAGAGAUCAAGAAGGCCGCGGGGGAGGUGGAUGGGAUGAAGGACUUCGCGCUGAUCCGUCAGGCCCGGCUCUCGGUGAUGCCCGUGCCGGUGAAGAUCUGGGAUUGGAUUUGUGAGAUGGGAGGUGGGUUUGUGCAGGAUGGGGAGGUGGAAGAUGAAACUGAGGGUUGAUGAUGUCAAGGUAAAAACAGGUAACAUAUGCAGUCGGAGGGGGGAAUUUUGCGAUGCUAUUUGGCCUGCAAGGGAUGGUACUCCGAGGAACUAAUUAGUGGUAUGUUCUGCAGCUUCUCUAGUGUUUGCCGUCUGUGCACCGCAGUGUGACUAUAAGUGUGUACCCACUAGCUAGUCAAUGUAAGUUUAGUAGUCGACUUUGGCAUGUUGCAAGAAGAGUCCUUAUCUUGGGGCUUUGAGAUCAAAUCAAUGAGUCAUAUGCUGUUCUAUGUGGCUGUAUGGAU